AUGAAGAUUAAAAAACGUAGUGAUGAUGGUAAAAAAAGUCUAUUAGAAGCGAUUUUCUCCAAGAAAAAGCACGUGCCUGGACCGCCGCCAUCGUGUUCUCCGCCUUUGACUCGAGUUAUACCGACCCCGAAUCCAGCAGCUGUAGCACGUGGUGUCAAGAUUUUAUGCUCGAUCUUUCCUAAAUGGGAACCUGAGACGUUACAGGUUGUAUUAGAAGCGAAUGGGUUUAUUAUGGAGGAUACAAUCGCUGCCGUUUUGAAUAUGGAAGAAGCAGAAGAAUUGACGACGACAACAACGACGAGGAUAAUAAGUGAGAAAUCAAUGGGGAAGAAAAGUCAUUGGCCUGUGAAAAACCCGUUACCAGAUGAUUUUUUAAGGUUGCCAGAUAAUGAUGAAGUGAAAGAAGUACCAUCCGAGGAAGGAAUUGCUGAAGAAGAAGAAGAGGAGGAGGAGGAAGAGGGUGAAGAAGAGGAAGAAGAAGAAGAAGAGGAAGAGAAGAGACAAGUGGUGGAAAUGUCGAAUGCGAGCGAGGAGAAUCGAUCGGACAGGUCGAACAGUACAUUAGCAGAGGAUGAUGGCACACUGUACGGCAAAGAGUUUAAUGACAGCAAUGCAGCGACGGACGAGGUUGUCAUUCCAGUACUUGAUGAUGCAGCUAUGCGUGCAAAUCACAAGAUUGUAACAGACUCGAUGAACCGAAAAUUUCUUCCAGUCGAGCUGCGCAAAGAACGUUCGAGCAUUUUUGACAUUGCGCACAUUGACGUGAUCAAGAAGAGCAAACUGAACUUGUCAGAGGCAGAAGAGCGUAUUCGCCAUCGUGAACCGCAUCUUGUGUUUGAGCUUUUGUCCAAGGCGAGCAAAAUAUAUCGUAGCGGUGUCAUAUCAAGUCAGGAACUCGACUAUCUGCGCUCCAUGAUUUUGUCCAGGAUCCAGCCCACCAAGAUGUUAAUGGAUAUGACGAUGAAUAUGAAUGGCAUGAUCUCAGACCACGAGUGGCACCUGCUCAUUUUGAAAGCAAAAGGAAUCCGCCAUGCACUAUCCAUUCGAAUCUUCCGCGAAGAAAGCAAGCCUGCCCGAAAUAGUGGUCACAUGGAGUAUAUUGUUCGUGUUGUAGAUGUAGAAAGUGGUGUUGUGUGGUUUACGCGUAAGCGUUUCCGCGAACUCUACAAACUUCACCGCAAAUUGAGUCGUUUAUCUGGACGGGUCAAUGCAUGCGUAUUUCCAGCUCGUCGUGGCCACGGCCGCAACUCGCCAAAUCAGCUUGCAUACGAUCGUGCACCGGUACUGGAGAAUUUUUUGCGUACUACAGCAGCACUUGUGGCACCAACACCACUCACCUUUUUACACGGCGUAGCUCUCAAGCAACUGCAGCAGUUUUUGGAAGUACCGCAUGUGGGUAUCCUUGAGCGCAAUCGGACCCAGCCUAUCUCUCGUGAGCUUCGUGUGUUUGUGUAUCACACCGUGAACGAUCUGGCGUCUCCUGAAGGAAAAGCUUGCCAAAAGUUUCUUGCAAAAAUGAAGCACGAUCGAGUCAAAUUCGGGAAGAAUGUUUUGGACGAGAUUGGCGAUAUUUUGGACGGUAUACAGGAGUAUAUGCUUGAGCAUCGGUUUAAGGAGAUGGAACUUAUUGUUCAGCGUUUGAUGAAACAAAUCCUUGCAAGUAGCAGUGGCAGUCCAGGGCUCGGGCGGCACAGCUCUUUUGUAAGUUUGAUGACAACGGAUGCUGUAAGUAAUCAAGACAAACUGCAGCAGCUUUUGUCGGAUGCCAUUCGACAUGAGCUGGAGGAUCGCAUAUGCGUGCCACUCAUGUAUGACUUGACACAGUACCUUCGCCGGCAUGUGCGGCACGAAGAGCAACAAUUUCGCCAGCGCGUGUACCAGCUAAGAGGCAAGCCACAGAGUUACUUUGGUAUCCCAGUGGAUAAAAUUUCGUUGAGCAGUUGGCGGUCUGUGGUAGAUAUUAUUAAGGAGGUGGACAGAGCUUUUCUCCCGCUGGACAAGAUGCGUAAAUUGGUCGCCACAGCACACCAGAUUCACGUGCUGUACAAAACCGAACGUGCAAUGUAUUGGAAAGGUGCUUCACAUCAUCGUCGUCGAAACUCGACACCAAUGGAAUUCUCGCAGCCUCGGUCAUGGCCUUUGCCAGUGAACCGGGUGCUGUCGCCGACAAGCAGCAAUUUUAACAGAUCUUCUCGGGGCUUGGCUGUUGGUGUUGAAGGUGUAUCCCCCGCUGCGACAAGUUCAAGUGAAGAAGAGCAGCAAAUUGCAGCAGAUGAUGAUAGAGCGAGUGAGGCAUCUACCAAGAUGCAGGAGGAAGACGUACUGAGUGGAGACGACUUUCUGCCGAUUUUUAUUUAUGUGAUCGUCCAUAGUGAUCUGAAAGCCCCGAUCCUGACACAAGUGCUGUUAAACCGUCUAUGCGAUCCCGAAAAGCGACGGAAUGAAUCCGGUUACUACCUUGCAACAUUUGAAGCAGCAUUGCACCAUAUUUUGUCACUUGAGUUGCCUGGUGCUAAGACCGAGGAUGGACUGUAG